AUGAGGUCUCCUCAGCAAAGAGAAGAAGCGGAACAGCAACAAGAAGCGUUCUUGCAGCGAAGCGCGGUACACGAACAUAACCACAGUGUACAACAGGAGCAACAGCAGCAGCAGCAAAUGGUGGCCCAAGUGCAACAGCAGCAGCUGCCGACGAAUAGUGGAUGGGGCGUGCCCCAGCAACAUCCGAAGGUUCCAGUGGCGAAGAACUGGGUGGAAGAGCUCCACGAAUUCGUCGACAAGAAACACAAUGUGCACAAGGACAUCAAAGAGCUGGUGUUAAAGAUCCGGAGAGCUCUCGGAUCAGCCGUCAAGGAGUGGACCAACGUGUUGCAGAGAGCGGAAAUAGCCGAAAGCGAAUUGGCAUCGACGAAAAACGCUCUCGCUGAUAAAACGCUGCCACAGCAAACACCGAGAACAGUCCCGGGAAACCUCGGCAAGAAGGAGAAACUAGCGCGAACGGAAAACACACCGAUGUCUGCGACAAAGAGACACCGAUCCUCUCCAGGAGAUGAAAGGCCAGGAGGCUCUAAAAGGCAGAGAGACAAUCUGCGCAAGCGAUUGGCCGCCGCAGAGGCAGAACAGGUCGGUGUCGGCAACAGAGAGACCCAGUGGCAGACUGUGCAAAGAAAGGGCAAGGCAAAGCAGACGAACGCAGGCGCAAGACCAAAAGCAAUUAGGAGAAGCGUUAAAAAGAAAGGCGAAGCGAUUGUGGUGAAGACCCGUGAGGAAAGUUACCUUGAUGUUCUUCGUACCAUAAGAACGGCUCCGGAGCUUAAGGACUUCGGCGCGGACGUACAAAAAGUCAGGCGCACACGGUCUGGAGAAAUGAUCUUCGAGCUGAAAAAGGACUCGAAGAACAAGAGCUCUUCAUAUAAGGAGCUUGCAGCGAGCGUCGUGGGAGACACUGCGCAGGUCCGAGCUGUUACGCCAGAAGUGGUUCUGCAAUGCGUCGACAUAGACGAGAUUACUACGGCGGAAGAAGUAAAAACUGCAAUUAAGGAGCAAAUGGAGAUAGGAGACGUUGAAAUGUCAGUCCGACUAAGAAGGGGACCUUCCGGGACGCAGGUUGCGUCUAUCAAGCUCCCGGUGGAUGCUGCCGACAAGGCGCUGCGAAUUGGCAAAGUGAAAGUCGGGUUUUCAGAAUGCUCACUGCGGGUUUCUCAGCAACCGGAGAUAUGCUUCAGAUGCCAAGAGUUUGGACAUCUGGCACGGAACUGCCGAGGACCAGAUAGAUCGAAACUGUGCAGGAGAUGCGGAGAUGAAGGUCAUAAAGCACAAGAGUUGGAGGUAGUGCAAAUAAAUCUCAACCACUGUGAUACCGCGCAGCAAUUGCUGUGCCAAUCCACGAAGGAAGCGAAGUGCGACGUAGCAAUCAUCUCGGAUCCGCACCGUAUCCCAUCCGGAAAUGGUAACUGGGUAGCAGAUGAAGCUGGAACCGCUGCGAUUUGGACGGUUGGAAGAUAUCCCCUGCAGGAAGUGGUGUAUCACGCGAUAGAGGGUUUCGUUAUAGCCAAGGUUAACGGCGUCUACAUAUGUAGCUGCUAUGCACCUCCACGCUGGACGAUAGAGCGGUUCAAUCAGGUGCUGGACCGAAUAUUGGAGAAACUUGGCGACAGGAGGCCAGUCAUCAUUGCCGGCGAUUUUAAUGCCUGGGCAGUUGAGUGGGGUAGCCGCCUCACAAACCCCAGAGGAUGGAGCCUGCUGGAAACAGUAUCCAGACUGAACUUAGUUCUAGCCAACGAAGGAUCCACAAGCACCUAUCGAAGAGAAGGCAGAGAGUCUAUCAUCGACGUAACGUUCUGUAGUCCGACUGUAGUGAGAAGCAUGAAUUGGAGAGUCUGCGAAGAUUAUACGCAUAGUGAUCACCAAGCGAUCCGAUACCGUCUUGGAGAACGGGUACAGACGACGGCACGUGGGGAUGAUUCCAAAGGGCGGAAGUGGAGAACAGAAGCAUUCGAUGAAGACGUGUUCGCAGAAGUGCUUCGGUAUGAACGCAAUAUGCUGAACCUGAGUCCGGAUGAACUGGUUUCGGUUCUCGUUCGAGCUUGCGAUGCAACUAUGCCGAGGAAGAUACAGCCGCGGGACGUCCGCCGACCAGUCUACUGGUGGAAUGGGAGGAUCGCCGAACUCCGUCGGAACUGUCUUCGAGCUAGGAGAAGAAUGCAACGGGCUCACACUGAUGAGCAAAGGGAAGAGCGCAGACCUUUGUUUAGGGCGGCAAGAGCGGCCCUCAAAAAAGGCAUCAAGCUCAGCAAAGCAGCUUGCAUGCAGGAACUCUGCCGUAAUGCGGACGCAAAUCCAUGGGGAGAUGCCUACAGACACGAGCCAACGGUCUGGCCUCCCACGCCGUAUGAGGAAGUCGCCGCUGAUAUGGAGGAAUCCCGUAUUUCCAACCAGGAGCUCAUCACGGUAGCGAAGAGCUUAAAACCCAAGAAAGCGCCAGGACUAGAUGGUGUCUCCAACUUGGUUCUGAAAACAGCAAUCCAACAAAACCCGGAUAUGUUUCGAACCACAUUGCAGAAGUGUAUCGACGACGGAAACUUCCCCGAUCGUUGGAAGCGGCAGAAAUUGGUUCUGCUGCCGAAGCCGGGCAAGCCAUCCGAAGAUCCAUCGGCGUAUAGUCCUAUAUGUCUGCUGGACACGACUGGAAAACUUCUGGAGAAGGUGAUCUCCAACAGACUCGGAAAUUACACAGAAGGCGAGAACGGACUAUCGAGGAUGCAGUUCGGGUUCCGAAGAAGAAGGUGUACAGUUGACGCUAUCCGGCUAGUUGUCCAAGCAGCCGAUGCUGCCAUGAAGCAAAAGAGAAGAGGAAAUCGCUAUUUAAUCGGUGAGUCGCUGAACGAAGUGGGCCUCGGCGGCGAUAGAAAUGGUCGAAAACUGGAUGUGCGAGAGGAAGCUGGCGUUAGCUCAUCACAAAACCGAAGUGCUGAUGAUCAGCAACCGAAAGGCGGUACAGCAUGCUAA